AUGUCAGUCAUUGAAACUAAAUCGCCUCACCUGAGGGUGUCCGCGGCGAAAUCGUCAACAUCCACCUCCGAACCUACCUCCGCAAGAAUCCCACCGCCAGAGUCCUCCGCAGUUGAGGACAAGUUCUUCUGGACGUACACCGAAGAACCACACAGAUCAAGACGGCAGGCAAUUAUUAAAGCCCAUCCAGAGGUUACCAAGCUCUGCGGCCCAGAGCCCCUGACUAAAUAUGUUGUUUUCGGUGUUGUGUCUCUCCAACUCACCUGCGCCUACCUCCUCCGCAAUACUCCCAUCCUUGACUGGAAGUUUCUGGUCACAGCCUACGUGAUCGGAGCCACCUCAAAUCAGAACCUGUUCCUCGCCAUUCAUGAGAUCAGUCACAACCUGGCAUUCCGUUCACCGAUGGCCAACCGUCUGUUGGCUAUCUUCGCGAACCUCCCUAUCGGAUUGCCGUACAGUGCUGCCUUCAGGCCAUACCACCUGACACACCACAAGUCUCUCGGUGUAACAGGCCUGGACACCGAUCUCCCAACCGCACUGGAAGCAUUCUUCCUCAACUCGGUCCUAGGCAAGACAUUCUUCUGUACCUUCCAGAUCCUGUUCUACGCCGUCCGCCCAAUGUUCAUCUACAGUCCCCCCUUCACCUCAAUCCACGUCCUUAAUCUCAUCGUCCAACUGAGCUUCGACUACUUCCUCGCCCGCUUCGCCGGCUCUUUCACACCAAUCUACUACUUUAUCGCCUCCUCUUUCCUGGCAGGUUCCCUGCACCCAUGUGCCGGUCACUUCAUCGCAGAGCACUACUUCUUUUCCCAAGUCAAGACAGGUGGUACCGAGUCAUUGGCUGAUCUAAAGACCAAGCCCGCUUCCAAGACUCCGGCCUCUCACCCACUUAACGACCUCGCUCCACCAGAGACAUACUCCUACUAUGGCCCUCUCAAUAUCCUGACUUACAAUGUCGGUCUGCAUAACGAGCACCAUGAUUUCCCUGCUAUCCCCUGGACUAAGCUGCACGAGUUACAUAAGAUUGCGGCGGAGUUCUAUGAGCCCUUACCCUGUCACCGCAGCUGGGUCUGGGUGAUCUGGACUUUUAUUCUGGAUAAGAAUGUUGGUCCCUGGUGCCGUGUGAAGCGUGCACAAGGUGGCCGGGUUGUUGGUGGUGGUGGUUCCGGGAAGAAGGGUACAGGACGUGGUGGUGAGGGCAUCUCAGCGGCGUCGGCUGGUCCGGACGGUGAGGCGGGUGAUGGAUGGAAGGAAAGUGAGAUCCAGUGUUAG